GGACCUGGUGUCAGGGGAGAUAGAUACAUACAUAGAAAUUAACACAGCAGCUAGAUAGAUGUACAAGGGAAGGAGAGCCAACGUAUAUUGAUAUAGCAGGACUGGGACACAUGGAUAUCGUGGAUUAAUGAAACAGAGAUAAGGCUAGAGGGGGAAAUAUGAUCAAAGUCAAAGUGAUUAGAGAGGGUGAGACAGUAUUGGAGUCAGUGAUCAGCUGAGCCAACGUGGAAGAAGGAAGGACGAUAUCUCCUUUUGAAAAUCUUGGCUUUCUCGUGUUUGUCGAGAAGGGAAAUACUGCAUUUGUAAAGCUGGGUUUGGACAGGCUGGUUCUGAGUGAGCGGGAGAGUGACAAAGGAAUAGAUCAUAGCAGAGUGACAGAAGUCAUUAAUAGGUCAAUAUAGUGAGUAGAUGUCAAAAUAACUGAUUUAGAAAUAUGGUAUUGUAGCCAUAAGUCCAGUCAGAGGAAGCUGGAUGUAGUGGAAGUAUAGUGAGAGAGAAGGGGAAGCAGAAAAUGUAAUGUGGAGAGGCUUUCUACCAUAAAUUAGGUAGAAGGGCAGCAAGGAGUAACACUUGGCAGUUAUAGUGAAGAAUAUAUGACUCUAAAUAGAGUCUGAGGAAGCAGGUGAAUCAAAGGGAUGUUGCUGGGUCCUGUCCUGCUAUUACUAAAGAGGAAUCUACUGGAACUGAAUUCAUACAAAGCACUGAUGGGAGUAAAUAAUUAGUUAUGGAUGUAUGAAAUUUCUGUAUUAUGUUCACCUAAACGAUGGGGUAGAAAGUCUACCCACGUUUGUAAAUGCUGAUUGUAUUCCCAUUUACUGUUGUUUUGAUCUGGAUUAACACUAGGGUUAAGUGCAGGAUAUUGGGACCAAUACAUAAGCAAGCUGGCUGACAAUCUGAAGAAGUUUCAGAACCCAUGCCAGCCAGGGCAAACCAGUUAUGCUGUCGAGCUUGUAGACCGUGUGUUGCGUGGGAGACCGUGAGGCAAAAUGCUGUAAACUCAUUGGACUAAAAGGAACCAUGGAGGCUGAAGCCCCAGACUUACCUGUAGAGGUGAUCUGCUACAUCAUGCGCUUCCUGUCCCUAUCGGACAGGAAGGAGGCGUCAUUGGUGAACAGAGCCUGGUAUGCUGCCUCCCUGGAUCGCAGUCUCCAGAAAGAUGUCAUCUACAAUCUUCAAGCAUCGUCCACUUUUCUGGAAUCCCUCAGAGAUUUAGGUUGGAGGCAGAGUCUGUACAUGGCUUUGAGCAAUCUUGAUGGGGCACCCAUUUCAAAGAUGGUCAUUCAGAGCAUUGUGCUCCACCUAGCUGCACAUUUGGAGAACCUGUCCCUGCGGGGCAGUUACAUCACCGAGGCCUCCUUUGUGACCCUGAUCACAGCAUGCCAUAACCUAAGAGGGCUCGACAUCAGCGGAUGCAACUGUCUUUUCAUGAGUGGCACUUUACUGUCCAAAGAUGAGAGCAAAGUAAGGAUGGCUGAAGCCCUGGUGAACCUGAAGGAACUCAACCUCUCCAAUCUACGUUACCUCUCUGACCUGACCUUCGACCGACUUACUGACUGCACGCCCAACCUCCGAAAGCUAUCUCUUGCCAGCUGCCACAUCACUUUUGGGUUUGAUCCCUACCAUGGAGCCAACACGUCCAAUUCAACUGCUGUGCUGUCGCUGAGAAACAUCCUCCGUUUUAUAAAUAGACGGGCAGCCACGCUGAAGAUACUCAAUCUUAGUCGUACCACAAUCACGAGCGAAGCCGUGUUGUCAGUGGUUCAAGUUGCUGGACUCUGCCUGGAAGGGCUGGAACUUCAGCACUGUAAAGGCAUCACAGAUGAAGCAGUCUCUGCCAUCUGUGCCUGCCAGCCAGGACUCGCUACACUGGAUCUCACUGGCUGUGCUGAGCUAACUGGCAAAUCUGUUCUGGCCAUAGCUUCAAGCCUGCGGUGCCUGGAGUGCCUGUCCCUGGGCAGGAUCAGGCACAUCACGGACAGCGUGCUGAAGGACCUGCCCACAAUCCGCACCCUGCAAGCCCUUGAUAUCUCUGAGUGCUACCAAGUCAGUGGCUGUGACUUGGUCAAGGGGUUAGCCUCGCCAAAGGCUGCGUCGAAACUAGUGAGGCUCAACUUCAGCUGUUGCACCAUGGUGAACGACAGCUGCUUGUUCUCAAUGGCAAAAAUCCUGGGCAGGAAUCUGCGAGAGCUGGACCUCACAUCCUGUCUGUACAUCAGUGACAUCAGCGUCCAUGCCAUUGCUAACCACCUCAGGGGCUUGACCGUGCUGCGCCUCGGCUGGUGUAAGAAGAUCACGGACUGGGGUCUGCUGGGACUGAUCAAAGCCAACGAUGACAGCCAGCCACACAAUAAGGGUGAUGAUGAACCAGAGUUCAGCAGGAGCUUUGGUAAUAUGGGAUUUUUUGCUCCUCCCAAACUUUGGGAUGAAAAGCUCCAAGUCAUAACUGAAUCUGACAUUGAGACCUCUAAGGAGAAAGAGCAAGCUUCACUCAGUGCAUUAACACAUCUCAAGGAUCUCAGUCUGACUGCAUGUACCAAGCUAACAGAUACCAGCAUAAUGAAGGAAAUCCGCUUUGAUGAGCUAAGGACCUUGUCGCUGAGCAUGGUCCGUGAGAUAACAGAUGAGAGCAUCGUCUCCAUCGCGACACACUGCCGUAGCCUGGAGCAGCUUUCCCUCAGCCACUGUGGCCAGCUGACUGACCAGGGCUUGAUUGGUGCUGUAAGCCACCUGAAGAGGUUGACCCACCUCGACAUCUCUUGCUGUGAUAAGAUCACCAUCCACCUGUUCCCUUGUCGUAAGGUUGAAUCAGAUUUGGUGCUUGUGGAUGUUACUCCUCCUGUUUCUGCCCCUAGAAUGCUGGAAGUCCUCUUGAAGGAGUGCAAGUGGCUGGAGAGUUUGGACGUCUCCAUGUGCGGUGGGCUGACUAUUGCGGACAUUGAGGGACUCCAGCUGCUCCACCCCACGCUCACCGAUGUCCACGCGAGGUGCCUGGGCGAAGCUGACCUGCCCCCGACUUUGGGAACAGAGACUGGACAAGAACUUAAAGGAGAACGGGAGCGGUGACGGCACCCUGUUACCUCAAGCAGCCAAAACCGGCCUUCCAAACUCUGAGAAAGCACUGUGGUUGGUAAGCAAGCCUGACUUGACUUUAUGAACUGCAAGAGCCAGCUUUCUAUUCCUGAUUAUUCUCAUGGCAUCAGGGUCUUAUUCGGUUUAAUAUAUUAUUAGGGUGAGUUGAAGCAAGGUAGAAGGAAGCUCAUGUGAAGCAUAAACACUAAAUAAUUUAGACCCUCUGCAGAGGUUAAAUGUUGCAAUUGCCCUCAGUGUAUAGAAAGUGGGAAUAUUUAGCUCAAGUUCAUGAUUGUUAUCCAGUUAAACGCUUGGUGUUGGAUAAGGAAAUUCCAUUUCCUCUUAGUCAAAUAGUCAACUGACUGGCUAGUCUUAAAUAGAAAAUAAUCCCGUAGGGAGGUACCAGAGGGCAACAGGGUAUCCCACAAGAGUCGGCGUCAGGAAAGGGGUGUAGUCUCAAUUCUUCUCUAAUUACAGCCAUUGGUCUUCAUUGUGUGUAAAACUUUUAUCCUAUCCAGUGUCACAUUUUUAAAUUGUAUUUGCAUUUCCAGGUCUCUGGUACAUUGUUACCACACGGUAAGAUUGUCGCAUUACCCGCUAUUUAAAACUGUUGCACCUUAUCGUCGAAUCCAUUGUGAGUUUAUGUUUUAGGCAGAAAAUUGAUGUUGAUUUUUAGAAAUUUUAACUGCCGGCAGGUGAACUCAAAGGUGGGGCUACUUUUAAUUGCCGUUUUGCCAAGAAUUGCAUGAAGUAUUAAG